UAGCUGUCUAUCAUUUGCUCGCUUUCUCCCAUAAUAAAAUAAAGAAUACACGUCAGAUAUUGCAAAUUUUAACGCCAAGUAAAGAUUCCGAGAAUUUUUGGUGAAGAUAUCGUAUAAUUAUGGAAAAUCUACAAAAUAAUUGCAUAAUAUUUAGUGGGAGCAGUUAUUUGUAGAAAUUUUAUUGAAAUUUUCCUACUCUGCAAAGGUGGUGAGGUGUUACACAUCAUCUGCAAGCAAACAAAACCAAAAACGGCCAACAUGACAAAACAGAGGCGUCAUUCCAUACGGGACGGUGGCCACAAGCCAAAUGCUUGUCUAGACACCCAACCCAGAUUCUCCAUGGAAGUUAGUGAUUUUGUGGUGGCUGCAGCGGCCACAGCGACUGGACCAAGAAAUUCCUUAGUCUUACAUUUGUCAUAUCAUCAUUUGCUGGUCUUCCUCUCCGGUGUAUUGGCUGCUUGUUUCUAUUAUCAUUCGCCUUGGACGCAGGCCAAUCAUCGCCAACUGCAACAUUUGCCCACCGCUCAUUAUUUACAAGUCAGAGAUGAUUUUGCAAUAUACUCCAAGGAAAGGGAGAGAGAGUUUGAGGAAGGACAACAGGCCAUUAAAGAAUUUCAAGGUAAUAUGGGGGCAGCUGUCGCCCAGUUGCAUGAAGAUGAAGCAAAUAUCAAAGAGGCCUUGGCCACUCUAAAAUUGGGACAAACCAUGAUGGAGGCGAGUAAGGAAGACAAGGCACAAAGGCUCUAUGAGCAUGCACAUGCGCUGGCGCCCAAACAUCCGGAAGUGUUAUUGAGAUAUGGCGAAUAUCUGGAGAAAAGAGAUGUAGUGUUGGCCGAUCAGUAUUAUUUUCAGGCCUUGACCAUAAACCCCAGUUGCUCAGAAGCUUUAACCCAUCGCCAGCGUACAGCUGCUAUUGUGCAAUCCAUUGACGACCGACGUUUGUUGGAAUUAGAUCGUAAGCGUGAUGCCCUCUCGGGUAUACAUGAAUCGAACGCAGCUCUUAGAAGGGCUAAGAAGGAGGCUUAUUUUCAACAUAUCUAUCAUUCGGUGGGCAUUGAAGGCAAUACCAUGACGCUGGCACAAACUAGAUCUAUACUUGAGACGCGCAUGGCUGUCGAUGGGAAAUCUAUAGAUGAACAUAAUGAAAUUUUAGGCCUAGAUUUGGCAAUGAAAUAUAUCAAUGACAGUUUGGUAAACAAAAUGGAAAUCAAUUUGAAGGACAUUAUGGAAAUCCAUCGUAGGGUUCUGGGUCAUGUUGAUCCCAUCGAAGGUGGUGAGUUUCGUCGCACUCAGGUUUAUGUGGGUGGCCAUAUACCUCCCGGCCCAGGUGAUUUGUCCAUACUAAUGGGGCAUUUUGAAAAUUGGUUAAAUUCUGAACAAGUUUUGUCUCUACAUCCCAUAAAACAUGCCGCUCUGGCCCAUUACAAAUUGGUGCACAUACAUCCUUUUAUUGAUGGCAAUGGCAGAACAUCAAGACUGUUAAUGAAUACACUGCUGAUGAGAGCUGGAUACCCACCAGUAAUUAUACCAAAACAACAAAGGCACAAAUACUAUCAGUAUCUCCAAAUAGCCAAUGAGGGUGAUAUUCGACCUUUUGUGCGUUUUAUUGCCGAUUGUACGGAAAAGACCCUCGAUUUAUACUUAUGGGCCACUAGUGAUUUACCUCAACAAAUACCUAUGCUGGAACAGACCGAGCACACCUUAGCCAAUAUCGAUAAACUACUAACGCCAACAGUCACAGGACCAGCAACAGAUAAAACUGUGAAAACCUCGCCGGCUACCACUACCAAUGUACCAAGCAGUAAAAGCAAUCAAAAUAACAACAUUUUGGAAGGAGAUUUCUUUGAUUCAGGAUCCGGAGAGAUUUCCUAGCAACGGUUUUUGAUUCUUUGUAUAUUCCAUAUGAUAUUAAGACGUUUUAUAAAACUAACUGUGAUUAUAUUUCUCUUCAACAAAACUACAUGUAAAUAGCGUGCAAACCUAAACCAAAAAAAAAACGAAACAGCCCAAUUUAUUUUAAGGGAAAAAUAACUAAGUUAUGUUGUUAUAGUUUGUAAGACGAAAGAUAAGAUAUUUAUUCAGUUUUCUUUAGUUGUCUAUGACGUUGCCUUUGUUUUAAAAAACAUUAUAAAACUCCCAGCCAAGAUAUUGAAUUCGCACAUAUGUUAUAUACCAUUUGUGUUUGUAUAUAAAAUUACAAAACUGUAGUUAAAAAUUUAUUU